AUGAAAGAGACGACGCCGACGGAUGAGUUUACCCAGGCGCACGGCGGGUCUGCCGCCGGUGGCUGGCCGGAGGCCGGCCAGCCCGGCCAACAUUUGCCGGAUGGAGCUCCGGGCUCUGGGCUGUCCAACACGCCCACUACCGCUAGUGGUACUGGAGCUGGUGCCCCCGCAAAGUCGCAGCAAAACACUGUGUUCAUCCAUAAACUGUACCAUAUCCUAGAGGACGAUGCGCUGCGCGACCUUAUCUGGUGGGCGCCGAACGGUAUGUCAUUCUACAUCCGCCCCAACGAAACGUUCAGCAAGACGCUUGCCACGUACUUCAAGCACACAAACAUUACGAGUUUUGUCAGACAGCUCAACAUCUACGGGUUCCACAAAGUGACCAACUGGAAUGACACUGCCGCGUUUGCCGCGGUCUCCAACGACGGGAGAAAUAACAGUCUCGGUGCGUUGCCCGGUGGACCCGAUAUGAACACUCACUCGCCCAGCACGGGAGUUGUGGUUAAGAGCGAGCCCCACACGAAAUCUGGUCCUGGGGCGACAUCCUCCCCCGUCAAAAUUUGGGAGUUCAAGCACAGCGCGAACCUCUUCAGGAGAGGGGACAUCGAGGGCCUGAAAUUUAUUAAGAGACGUUCUUCCGCGAAGAGCAUCUCGCAGAUGAGCAGCCGGAAGGGCAGCGGGAAUAGCACCUCAGGGCUCACACCGAACGCCAUCGCAGCGGCCGCAGCGGCUUACGUCCCCGUGGGGAUCCUCACAUCUGGCAUCUCACUGGCACAGGGCAGCACGGGCCCCGGCGGUGGAGGCACACACUCCGAGCGCAACUCGAUCCCCCAACUCAAAAACAACGCCCCCGGCGGCGGACCCUCUCUUGAGGGACCGUCGACGGGAGCGGGUGCCCAAGUGGUGGGCUCCUCUAACGAAAUUGAUGUUCACGAACAUAACGCAAACUACCAACAGAAACAACAGCAUCACAGGAUGUCGUCGAACGAGCAACUGUAUGGCAUGUACCCUCAGCAACAACAACAGGUCAACGCUCCGGUCGCUAUCCGCGCAUACCGGUCGUCCGAAUCGUUGCCGAAUUUUCAGCCGUCACAGCAGGGCGCACCGACAACGUAUAAUAACGACGCGGAGAUCUCCAUGCUCGAGCUCCAGGAACAUUCGAGACUCAGUUACUGGGAACUUGUGGAACGCAUAAAGGCGACGAACGGGGACAUGGUCGCGCUGAUAGAUUUGGUCCAGAAAUUGGCCUCCAUCCCAAACAAGAAAAAGGACACCAAAGAAGUGGAGAAGGCCAGACAGUCGCUCCAAAAAAAGAUACUGAAAUUGAAAGCGGACGUCGUUAAAAGGUACCAGUCGGACGCACCAACGUACCAGCAGGUUAUAAACAUGGCUAACUCAAACUUUCAAAACCCGCAAAUCAACCAAGGUUCGCAAGAUAUUAUGAAUACCCCCAACUCACAGAGAGUACCAUCGGUGUCGGUACAAAACUCUCAGCCAAGACACUCACAAAAUAUGACGUUACCACAACAAGCGUACUAUAAUGACUUUAUUUCACAGCAACAUCAACAACAACAGCAACAACAGCAACAGGUGAUGACAGAACAGCAGAUGAUGGGGUAUCAACAGCAAUACGGCGGAAGUCCGAUUAUUUUUGCUGCACCAGGCGGAAACCCUGGCAUAAAUUCCUCCAACGUUACGGCGGCCAAUUCAACAGUCGCUACAAUGCCCGGUGGACAGCCCUCCAAGGUUGCAGGCUUCCCGAACAGUUUCACACCGCCAAACAUGGGAGUAUAUAAUGAGCCACAACGGCCCAUGAUGAACCCAUUCGAGAUGAGAAACUUUACUGGUGAUGCGCUAGUGACCAAGAGGAACAUGAGCGUUCUUGUUGACCCACUGACGCCAGUGUUAAACCCAAAUAACCCGAACCCUCAACUCAAUACCCACCCCACUCAAUCAAUCAAUACCCACCCCACUCAAUCAAUCAAUACCCACCCCACUCAAUCAAUCAAUACCGCUACAAAUAAUAUUCCAAUCGCCAUGAGGCCAGUACCCGUAAGCAAAGAUUCUGGCAGAAGUUCAGUUGUGUCCAUAUCUUCGGUCAUCGAAGGACGGUCGAGAACUCCCGAAAAUCUGUUAAAGGAAAGCAGAAAGAGAAGCUCGGCAAGUUCCGUCAGCAAGUCGCCGUUGACCGACUCCGCGAGGGGGAGCACCUCAUCUCGGACCGGAAACAGCUUAGCCAAUAUCAACGAGGAGAAGGUCAGUGACAUCAGGGGAAAGCACCGCUCGCACUCCCCUGCGCUGAACGUCUUGAUGCAGCAAUCAGACCCUGGAAUUUCAGAUAGACAGAUUAUCACGCCGCAAAACUCCGUGUCGCUGGAUAAGAACGAAAAGCUGGUGGGGAAUGAGGAACAUCCUCCAAAUGGCAGUACUUCUGGAAGCAGUAAAGUGUACAUGCUGCUGAAUGAAACGGAGGAGGCUAAAGCUGGUAACAGGGAUGCUGAAAAUAUAUCAAACGGCGAUGAUCAAGGCGAACAGGUCGCCAAGAAGGUUAAGAUUUAA